AUGGCAUUCUUGACAGCAAUUUCUAGCAAUGAAAACAUAGUACUUCACAAACACCUUAACAAUGGCUUCUCUCUGCCACCAAGAACUUCUUUCAGCCACCGCCUUAAUAUUAUCUGCAUGAAAACUCAGCCUACCCAUGUGGCAAAGAGUUCUAUUUCUCAGUCAUUACAAGCCCAAGAACUAGUGAGCCCCAAACCCUCAAACUUAGUAUUUCCUGAAUUCAAUUUUUAUGAGUACAUGAAAAUGAAGGCAAAAAUGGUGAACAAAGCUCUAGAUGAGGCAGUUCCAUUGCAAACUCCAAUCAAAAUCCAUGAGGCCAUGAGGUACUCUCUUCUUGCUGGUGGAAAACGCGUCCGGCCUGUAUUAUGCCUUGCGUCUUGUGAAAUAGUAGGAGGAGAAGAAUCCAUGGCUAUCCCCAUGGCUUGUUCUGUUGAGAUGAUCAACACAAUGACAAUAAUUCAUGAUGACCUCCCGUGCAUGGACAACGAUGAUCUGCGCCGUGGAAAGCCCACUAAUCACAAGGUUUUCGGGGAAGAAACUGCGAUUCUUGCGGGUGAUGCACUAUUGUCCCUUUCUUUUGAACAUGUAGCAGCCAAGACUCCAAGAAAUGUGUCGCCCGAGAGAGUGGUUCAAGCCAUUUCUGAACUCGGCUCUGCGGUUGGAUCACAAGGACUAGUUGCAGGGCAAAUGUUGGACAUAGCCAGUGAGGGGAAACAAGUGAGUUUGGAAGAACUGGAGUAUAUUCAUGUGCACAAGACAUCAAAGUUACUAGAGGCAUCAGUUGUUUGUGGAGCAAUUUUGGGUGGAGGGCAUGUGAUUGAUGUUGAGAGGCUAAGGAAAUAUGCCAGAUGCAUAGGCGUUCUUUUUCAAGUUGUGGAUGACAUUUUGGAUGUUACUAAGUCAUCUGAGGAAUUGGGAAAGACGGCCGGCAAGGAUUUGGAGAGUGACAAGGCUACUUAUCCAAAGCUAUUGGGACUCGAUAAGGCCAAGGAGUUUGCCGGAGAACUGUACCGAUUUCGGUACCUUCUCGAGUCCUACUUUGAUGCUUCCAAGGCCGCGCCACUCUGUCAUUUAGCUAAUUAUAUCGCGCACCGGCAAAACUAA